CUUUCCUUUGCCGUGUCGUGCAACUCCUACUCCACCGUCGCAAGCUCGAACAUCUGUGUUGCUUGUACCCCUGGCCCAUCCCAUCACACACUGCGACUUUUGGCAUCAUGGGUAUCAAAGGCCUGACCUCGCUCAUCACCGAUGAAGCGCCCGAAGCGAUCAAGCACCACGACAUCAAGUCCUUCUUCGGUCGCAAAGUCGCAAUCGACGCCUCUAUGAGCUUGUACCAAUUCCUCAUUGCUGUACGACAGGGGGAUGGACAGCAGCUAAUGAAUGAGAGUGGAGAGACGACCAGUCAUCUAAUGGGAUUCUUUUACCGUACGCUGCGGAUGAUUGAGCAUGGGAUGAAGCCGAUGUACGUCUUUGAUGGACAACCGCCGGAUCUCAAGAAGAAAGUGCUCGAAGGUCGCUUUGGCAAGCGAGAAGAAGCUCGAGAGGAAGAAGAAGAGGAAAAGGACAUUGCAGACAAUGAGAGGCUGGAUCAGCUGGCCAGACGUCAAGUGAGACCCACUAGGCAGCACAACGAAGAGGUGCGGCAGCUCUUGAAGCUCAUGGGCAUUCCCUGCGUGACAUCACCAUCCGAAGCCGAGGCUCAAUGUGCGGAGCUAUGCAGGGCUGGCAAAGUCUAUGCCGCUGGCUCGGAAGACAUGGAUACCUUGACUUUUGCUUCGCCGAUCCUUCUCAAGCAUCUCACCUUCUCUGAGCAAAAGAAGAUGCCCGUGCAUGAGGUCCACCUGCAGUCGGCUCUUGAAGGCAUGGGUCUCACAAUGGAUCAAUUCAUCGACCUCUGCAUCCUGCUCGGCUGCGACUACAUGGAACCGGUCAAGGGCAUUGGGCCUAAGACGGCCUUUAAGCUGAUCAAGGAAUAUGGAAGUAUUGAAGCUGUCAAGGAGCACCUCGAGGAGAGGGAAGAGGAGAAGAGGAAAGAAGCAGAGAAGAAGGGAAAGGACAAGGCCAGAGGUGUGACUUUUCCCGAGCUGUGGCCGUACAAGGAGGCUAGGGAGAUCUUCAAGCACCCAGAUGUUGUGAAAGCAGAUGACAUGGAGCUCAAGUGGGAGCAACCUGAUGUGGAAGGUCUGGUAAAGUUCCUCUGCACAGACAAGGGGUUCAGCGAAGACCGAGUGCGAAAGGGUGCGGACAAGCUUUCCAAGGCCCUUGGGCAGAAGCAGCAAGGUCGCCUCGACGGCUUCUUCAAGCCCGCUGGGGGAGCUGCGUCUGCAAAGCGUAAAGCAGAGGAAGAGAAGCCCAAGGCGGGCAAGGGUGCAAAGGGCGCUCCAGCCAAGAAGAAGAAGUAAAGGCGCACCUUGAAGGUGGUAGGGGGAUGGCAGAGGGAAAAGCACAACUGUCGGUCCCGCCUCUUGCGAGUGUCCAGGAGCACAAUCUCACCCCGUCAAUGUACUAUAGCUCAGAUUGUCCUCUUUUGAAAAGGGACGAGGGUAUCCAUCAAACAUCGUGUGUG